CGUGUCUCUGUCGCGCAGAUUUUGAGAGAGAUUCGGUUCAUGGUCGUGGUCUGGUUUUGACGAUUCGAAACCUUAUCUUUGAAUCGUCCUCGACCGAGCAAGUUUCUUGGGUUCUUCGAACAGCGGGUCUCACCAGCCGGCUGGUCCGGAAAUUCAAUGAAAGAAGCAGAGCACCUACCGAUGGCGAAGCUUUGAUAUUUUCGUCCCUUCUCGUUCACCGCUUGCACCUUCUCUCUCUCAUUUAUAGGCUUCGCCUGCGAGGAAAUUUUUUGAUGGUUUCGAUCAUACCCCUUGCCUCUUCUUGGUAUUGCUCUUGCACAAGAGGAGCAUUGAAUCAAUUCUAAGACCAUGUUGACUUCCCCUUCUCCUCCACCUUCUCCUCCUCGCCGUCCUCCUCAAUGGAAAUACGAUGUGUUCGUGAGUUUCCGAGGCAAGGAUCUGAGGAGAAACUUCAUAUCGCACCUCUUCUCCGCUUUGAGGCAGGCCACGAUCCAGUACUUCAGUGACAACGCGAGAGAAGACAUCGGGGAAGAAAUCAGAUCCAAGCUUUUCAAAGCGAUUUGGCAUGCGAGGAUUGCCCUAAUCGUGUUCUCCAGGAACUACGCCGACUCGAAGUGGUGCAUGAACGAGCUGGUCGAGAUUCUAGAGUGCAGGAAGAGGUUCGGAAACCAUGGUCACCUAGUUGUUCCCAUCUUCCACGAGGUAAAACCGCAGACGUUUCGAAUUUGA